UGACAAAUAUGUCUAAAUAUUUCAAGUACCCGAUAACAACAAACAUAUAGACUAUAUAUUUAGGAAUGUGUGAUAAAAAUAAAAGUUAAGAAAACCAUAUUUUACGAAAAUUGCCGGAAUCUAUGUGCCAUUUCGUUUUUUGUAAAGUUUCUCGACCUGAUUGGCCGCAUAAAAAUCAAAAUAGCUAGCUUUUGAUGUUCCGCUUCUACAAGUUGUACUCGUUGUACAUGAACAACAUGGCCAGUGGACCUGCAGGGCAGCGGGAGUGGUGCCUGUGCGAGAAACUGCCGCGGGCGGUGCUCCACAUCCCGGUGAACCAUCGUCAGAUCUGCCAGGUGUGCGGAUUGGCCAGGCGCCCCCAGGCUGGACACGAUUCCUCCAGCGACAAGGAUGUAGAUCAGGGCACCGAGGAGCAGAAGACGAUUAUCCCUGAGCAAAGCCAAGUGGAGGAGCCCAAAAAAAGCCUAAAGACUCGGGUAAAGGUAACCAUUAGGGGCAAGAAGCCGAAAGCCAAGAAUUGUUGCCGGACGAACUGCCACAAGUGUGGUGGCUUGGCCAAAGCAGAAGUUGUCCAGGAAGGUACUGAAGCACCCAAAGAGAUGAAGUUCAAGCGGUACCCGGGGCGUCAUGGCUUGUACUGGAAACCGAAGGGGAUGAUGAGCCGUCGACAGGUGGCCAAAGCACCGCCACCUUCGACGCCGUCAUCAUCUCUUACGCUAUCGCCAUUGCCUUCAUCAUCGCCCACAGCACCACCACCACCACCACUCCCUCAUCAAGAACCGGAAUCCGCACGGUCGGAGAUGCCAAGCCUGGUGGCCAUGGCCCAUACCGUUUCCAAUCCAAAAAACAACCUGCUACAGAACUACAACAAUCUAUUUGUCAGUAACUUUAUACCCUUACAGAGUCCCAUUACGGAUACUUUUGGGGGAGCUAUCUCCAAGAGGAGCAGGAACAGCAUUCGCCCACGCAUCCACAGGAGUCGCCCAUUGCCACCACUUUCCAAAGUCUUAACCAAUAUCUUGAGCAGCCAAAACUCGAAGGAUGACAGAGAGAUGGGUGGUGGAUUGAGUAGCUGCAACUGUAAGGACUCGCAAUCGACCGAUUCCGAGCUGGCUAGCCAGUUCUGUCCAUUUGAUCAGUAUGAAGGUCCAUCCGAAGAUGCUCUUGUCGUGAAUAGCGCCCGAUAUAUGCUCCAUCGACCGAAAUCACUGCACGUCGAACCACGACAGGAUGUGCACAACAAUCGCAUUGAAUCUUUGAACUUUCAGUUCAGCUCUACCAAGAACACCCCGAGUCCAAACGCUGACAAUCUAUCGGGCAUCCUAUUCAUGACGCAUUCAGUAAAACCAGACCAACCAACAGCUCGACCCCCAAACCGGCAGUUACUCAGCAGAGCAAUCGGGAAAUUAAGGCGAAAGAGUCGGAAGUCGGAGUCGAGAGAUCUUCCUUUUUAACCUCAAUCAUGGACAAAGUAUUCAACUCACAGGAAUCGAAAAGCUCAAACUACGUGGAUGACAAGAUACCAGAAUUGGAGGAUAUUAAU